UCAGUCACAGACAGAGCAAAGAUGGCGUCGCUGAGUGACAAAUCAGUUUGGGAUGAAGUGGAAGAUGGAAUCGGUGAAGAAGUGUUAAAAAUGUCCACAGAGGAGAUAGUUCAGCGAACUCGUCUCCUCGACAGCGAGAUAAAGAUAAUGAAGAGCGAAGUAUUGAGAGUGACCCACGAGCUGCAAGCUAUGAAAGAUAAAAUCAAAGAAAACACGGAGAAGAUAAAGGUGAACAAAACGCUGCCGUAUCUGGUGUCCAAUGUGAUCGAGCUGCUGGAUGUGGACCCCAACGACCAAGAGGAGGACGGGGCUAAUGUGGACCUGGACUCCCAGAGGAAAGGAAAGUGCGCGGUUAUUAAAACAUCGACCCGGCAGACAUAUUUCCUGCCGGUGAUCGGGCUGGUGGACGCGGAGAAGCUGAAGCCCGGAGACCUGGUAGGAGUCAAUAAAGACUCCUACCUGAUCCUGGAGACCCUACCCACCGAGUACGACUCCAGGGUCAAGGCCAUGGAGGUGGAUGAGCGCCCCACAGAGCAGUACAGCGACAUAGGAGGACUGGACAAGCAGAUCCAGGAGCUGGUGGAGGCCAUAGUCCUGCCCAUGAACCAUAAGGAGAAGUUUGAAAACCUGGGCAUCCAGCCACCCAAAGGGGUCCUGAUGUAUGGACCACCUGGCACAGGGAAGACCCUCCUGGCUAGGGCCUGUGCUGCUCAGACCAAGGCCACCUUCCUGAAGCUAGCCGGCCCACAGCUGGUCCAGAUGUUCAUUGGAGAUGGAGCCAAGUUGGUGAGGGAUGCCUUCGCCCUGGCCAAAGAGAAAGCCCCCUCCAUCAUCUUCAUCGAUGAGCUGGACGCCAUCGGAACCAAAAGGUUUGACAGUGAGAAGGCCGGAGACAGAGAGGUACAGAGAACCAUGUUGGAGCUGCUGAACCAGCUGGAUGGAUUUCAGCCCAACAUGCAGGUCAAGGUGAUCGCUGCCACUAACAGAGUGGAUAUCUUGGACCCAGCGUUGCUCCGUUCUGGCCGCCUCGACAGAAAGAUAGAGUUCCCGAUGCCAAAUGAAGAGGCCCGUGCUCGCAUCAUGCAGAUCCACUCCCGUAAGAUGAACGUCAGUCCUGAUGUGAACUACGAGGAGCUGGCCCGCUGCACCGACGAUUUCAACGGAGCCCAGUGUAAAGCUGUGUGCGUGGAGGCCGGUAUGAUCGCACUGCGUCGUGGGGCUACAGAGCUGAACCAUGAAGAUUACAUGGAGGGAAUCUUGGAGGUCCAAGCCAAGAAGAAGGCAAACCUGCAGUACUACGCCUGAGGACACUGCCUGUGUCUGUGUUUAUGUAUGAGAGUCUUUGGUUAUAAAAUCAAUUGUCCAGUUAUCCCUUUCUGAUUAAUUUGAUUUAAUAAAAAGAAUUUAAAUAUCUUA